AUGCCCGCCCCAGGACCACCGAUCCACAACUUUCUACCUACAGGAUCGAUCGACACCUUCGCUCGAUUGUCAACACGUUUCACCAGUCAAUUCGCCAUCAACAAACAGUAUGCCAAGACCCCAACCCACCUUUUCUCUGUAGUACAGAGAGACAACGAAACGCUCCGCAACUACAUCAAGCAUUUUGUGGAAGCCGUCCACGAAGUCCCAAGCGUAGGACAAGACAUGCUCUCCGGGAUCAUGCAACAAAACUUGAAGCCGGGUAGGUUUAAAGAAUCUAUUGCCGGAAGGCCUCCAGACAACCUAGAAGAAUUGCUGAACCGAGCCGAGAAAUAUGUUCGAAUAGAGGAAGCCUCUACCUAUGCUCCUCCCAAGAGAAAGAGGGAACAUGACCGACAACGUUAG